AUGAGUUCUUCUAUACUAAAUUGGGUAAAUAAACGUUCUAAGUCCAAUGAUGAAUGUGAUAAUUCGACAAAUAAAAAAAUUUGCGUUGAAAGUGAACAUACAUCAUCUAAUAAAGAAUCAAAUAAAAAUAUGGAACUUCACGAAACUAGUGAUUUGCCCGAAUGUUGGAAUAAAGGAUUAUCUGUUGUUGAUAAAACUCUUCGCUUUUCCAAACCUUGGCAAGACUGUUCUAUAAUUUCGAAUGGAAAGUCAAAAGAAAGUCAAAUGUCUAGUUUGAGAAAAAAAAUAUUUGAACACAAAAAAUCUGACGCUCAUCUUAGAGCAGUAGAAUUACAUGAACAAUCAAAAGAAAAACAAAUAGAAAAAAGUUUCGAAAAUGAAUUGAAAUCAAAGUUCUCUACUACUGAAAAAGUUUUUAGAACUGUUUAUAAAAUUGUAAAAACUCAAAGUAAAUUAACAACAUUAGUAGUUGUUGUUCGUGCAUUUAUUGAAGAUUUUCCCGGUGAACCUUAUACUUUUAAUCUUGACUUAAUUGAACUCCCUAAUACCUCUGCUGAAACUAUUACUAAAUCAUUACUUGAUUGUUUGGGUGGACACGGAUUUGAUCAAAUUUUUUUAAAUGAAUGUUUUAUUGCUUUUGCAUGUGACGGAGCUUCUGUUAUGAUCGGAAAAGAUUCGGGAGUAGCCACGCGACUUAAAAUUCAAUUUCCUAAAUUAAUUAUUUGGCAUUGUUCAAAUCACCGUUUGGAACUGGCAGUAGGUGAUGUUAUUAGCGAAGUUUGUGGUAUAAACCAUUUUAAAAUAUUUAUGGAUAAACUUUAUACUAUAUUCCAUCAGUCACCUAAAAACCAAAACGAGUUACAUAAAGCUGCUAGUUCAUUAGAAGUACAAAUUUUGAAAAUUGGUAGAAUUUUGUCAGUUCGAUGGGUAGCAUCAAGCAAACGGACAGUUAAUGCAGUCAUAAAUAAUUUUUCUACUUUGUAUGAACAUUUCAACUUGGCGUCAAUGGACUCUACCAGAAACUCUAAAGAAAGAAGUAAAUACUGUGGAUUGUUUAAAAUGAUAACAAGUAUAGAAUUUGUUAGUAAUUUAAAUACCAUGUCUGAUGCUUUAGACGAAUUAGGAUAUUUAUCAGAAUAUUUACAAAAACGUAGUAUUACAUUAGUAGACGCUGAUAAAUCUAUAAGAACAACAAUACGUGUAUUAGAUUCUAUGGCAACCGAUCCAG